AGGGGCAAACCAACCAUAACAAUAUUGAUAAAACUAUUAAUUUUUUAUACUUCCUUGGAGACACGACUUUAUUGAUUUAACAACUGCAUGAUAUUACUAAAAAUACGAAUGUUUGAUAUCAAACCAACAAUUUUAACUUAAUAAAUUUAAACAAAAUGCAAAAUAAACCAAAAUGCCGGUAUCCCAGUGCGAGGUUCUUGAAUGCCACGUCAAAGCCACUGAAGGAUAUUCCGAUUCCAAUGGACCUCUCACGAGAAAUUAACUUAACAUCAUUCAAUAUUAAAAGUAAAAAACAGGAAAGAAUUUCCGAGUACAUGUGUAGAAAUAUCAGGAAAACCAAACUAAAGGCCCUAAAAAGAUCGGCGAAAAUUGACGUUGGACCCACUAUCCCUAGACCCAGUUCCGGUGUGGAUUUUAAAAGUUUUUUGGAAAAAUGCCCCAUAACUGAUAUGUCCAGGUUUUUGGAGAAGAGCAUUCGCUGCAAAAUAAAUGCUCAGGUAUUGGAAAAGCGUUUCCCACAUAUUUUAAAUGAAAUUAUGAAAGAUACAAAAGCUGAAUAUAAGAGGGUCACUCAUUAUGCAGGAAUUAAUUUGAAGAUUAAGGAAAAGUUUGGAGAGGAUUUUACUAUAAGAAAUUAUAAGUUUCUGGGAAAAACUGAAAAUUACGACAAGUUCUUAUGCACGAAAAAGCAAUUCGGGAUGCGUUGGGUGUUGCACUAUGGCAUAAUGAGAAAUUUUUUAAAAGGAUGCGUUGUAGGACUACCCUAUCAGUUGUUUGAAAUAGAAAUUACAAACAUAAUAGAUUUAGAUGACUUGCGGCAUAUUUUUAGAGAGAAAAUUAACUCUUGUUCAAUAACUUUUCACGAUUUUCAUAAGAAAAUGAAUCUUCUUUUCGAUAAACCUGAUACGGCCUAUAAAAAGAAACCUUCUAUGUUUCUACCUGCUUGUACCAAAUUAUUUUCCAUAUAUGUCAGUAAAUGUAUUGCUCACACCAUGGAGUCUAUAGUGGAAUAUACUAAAUCAGUAGAUAAGCCACCGUAUUUAAAUCUUUAUGUGGAUUUUAAUGAGAAUUUGGAUUUAGCACCUACAGAGGAAGAGGUCAUACAGAUUUUUCAUAAAUUAUUAGAUGAUAUUAUCAGUACAGGUGAAGAUCUACAUGUAAUGGAAAAAGGUCGAUUAAAAGGGUACGAAUCAAAAAAGAUAUUUUUGUGUUUAACAGAGGAAUUUAUUCAAGACUGCAAAACAAAAAUUAGGAACAAUAUCGGGGAACUAUACGAACCAAUAUUGAACUUUUUGGAAAAUUUGGGUAGCGAUUUUAGGGAAAUUUAUAGCGACAUAAAUUCAAAUAAUUUCGCCUCCGCUAUGGAUACAUUGUUUGAGGACGGAUGUAAGAAAAUACAGUACUACAAGAAGUUUCUCCAUAAAGUAGCUUAUAUACCGAACAAGGAAUAUUUCAAAAUCGGCCAUUUAGAUUUGCUGAUGUAUAGGGAAAAAUUAUAUUCGAGUUUGCAGCUAAUUUCCGAGUCGAUUUUUAAGAACCUCGCCAGUCAGCAUUUAUGGGAAAUUAACGAUAUUUGUGAGAGUUUUAAACUUAUUAAAAUAAGGGCUUCCACUAAGCCAAUAACAACUGAAGAACUAAUAGAAAUUGGUAAAUUCAUGACCUGGGUUAAAAACGAACAACUAGAAGACCUUAAUCAAAGGGUUUACGAUGCCUUAAAGUCGCUUUGCAAUAUUAUAACUUUGGGGAUUUUAGAGGAAGAUCACAUGAAAAAAAAUUCAGCAGCAAUGAACUGGAUAGAUGACAUAAAACCUAUAAUCGAACAACACUCUACGGUAUAUGAACAAUUGAAAUUUGAAGCUGAAGAAAAACUGCAAAAAGUUAUUGAGGAGAUCAAUGUGCUUAUUGUGGAUAUGCAUCCGCUCCUGGUGAUCCUGGACGAAAUGGAUAAUAUUAAACUGGCCAGGAAGUAUUUAAGUCAAAUUACUUUACAUAUGACAAAAAUUAAGGAAAUUCACAUGAAAAUCGACUGGAUUAACAGCGAAGAAGUAUGUUUAAACUUCCCGAAAUCUAGCUACGUGGACUUUGAAAAUUUAAAAGACUACGUUCAUCCGUUUUAUCAUCUUUUAAAACUCAGUCUAGACGUGCAGAAAAACGUUUCUGUAUGGCAGUACGGACAGUUCGAUUUACUGGAAUACGACAGCGCCCAGCAGACCGUUCAGAAGUUUUGCAAGGAAUUAAUUGAAAUCCAGAAGUAUUACAGGAAGAAGUUGAGGCAGGCCCAGGAUGAAAAUUUGCCAAUAAGAUUUAAAGGUACCGUAGACGACCCGGAUAUUCUAAACUGGCCAGCUCCACUAAAGCUCUGCGGAAUGUCAAUUAACGUUUUAGAAGAAUUUAAGCCUUCAUUGACCAUAAUGCAAAUAAUGUGCAAUAAGGCUUUACGACCCAGACAUUGGAAAGCCAUGUCGGAAAUCGCUGGGUUUAAUCUGAUGCCCAAUGCAGGCACUACAUUAAAAAAAAUCAUGGAAUACGAUCUCCAAGAUAAACUUUACGAAUAUGAAAUAAUUUCCACUUGUGCCACGAAAGAACAACAGCUACUGGACCACUUAAACUCUUUAAAAAACGAGUGGGAAAAAGUCUGCUUUCAAAUCAGCAAUUUCACCACAAACAUUUCUAUUUUAAUAGGCCUCGGAGACGUUCAAACCAUAGUAGACGACCACAUAAUUAAAAUUCUCAGUAUGCGAAGUUCGGUCUUUGUUAAACCUUACGAGUUAGACGUGUUGGAGUUUUACGAUACUCUACUGAAAGUAGCUUCGGUUAUAAAUGAUUGGACCGUCUUACAAACCGGAUAUUUGCAAUUCUUUUCAAUUUUUUCACUCCCGGAUGUUAUUAAGAACAUACCAAAAGAAGAGCGGCAGUUCCGAGAAUGCGACUUUAUUUUUAAAAAGUAUGCGACAGUAAUUUCGGAAAACCCACGUGUAUUAGACGUUGUUUCUAAAACCAAUAUAGUGGAUGAUGUUAAGGGAUCUUUGGUGACUCUUGAGGAAGUCCAUCAUGGCCUUGACGCAUAUUUGGAACUUUUUAGACUAAGAUGUCCAAGACUCUACUUGAUUUCUAAUGAAGAACUCAUAAAUGUGAUGGCGACCACUGAUGGAUUAAAUAAUCCCACCUUUAUUAACAGGAUUUUUCCAGGAAUUAUAAAGUUUAUAUACAGUUCUGAGGAUCAUAUAACUGGGUUUCUUAGUCCUCAUGGGGAAGAAGUGACUUUAAAAACGCCUAUCCAGUUGUCCAAUAAAAGCCUUGAUGCUAUAAUAAACGAGUGUAUAAGUGAAAUAAGACAUACCAUCAUGUACCUUGCGGCAAGCUGUUAUAAAAUAUUCAAACGCACUUUAAUAAAUGAUUUGCUUAAAAAGUUCCCACAGCAAAGUUUACAACUAAUGGCCAAAGUGUUUUGGACCGAUCAGGUGGAAAAUGCCUUAAAGUUAUCUCAUAAUAUUAAACUUUUAAUUUAUAAAAAGAAGCUGGAGGAUAACAUUCAGCAAAAAAUGAAUAUCUUGAAUGAGAACUCGACCACUCACUUGCAAAAAGUUGUUUUAAAAAACUUAAUAUUAACUGACCUGAAUAACAAGUAUCUGCUUACUUUAUUUGUUAAAGAUGGGGUUGUUAUUGAUCACAACCACUUCGAUUGGCAAGUGCAACUAAGAUACUACUUUCAAAAAUCUUUAAACACCAUUCACAUUUUAAAAUACACUUUGGAUUAUGGUUAUGAGUAUUUAGGUAAUAGCGAGCAAAUCGUUUUAACUCCUUUAACCAGCAAAUGCUUCAUAACCAUUUUGCAUUCGUUCUUUCUGAACUAUUUUGGGUUUAUCAAGGGGGAGGAUCAGGCAGGUAAAUUUAUCACUAGCAAAUCACUUGCUGAUGCUCUAGGUAAACUGUUUUUUGCAGUUAAUUGCAUUUCACAAUUGUCAUUUCGUGUAAUAAUAAAAAUUUUAAAAGCCACAGUUUUGUCUGGCGCUUGGUUAUGUCUUAGGAAUAUUGACCUGUUACGGCAAGAAAUCGUUUCGGCAGUAUCACAGGAACUUUUUCAUAUAUUAGAGUGCAAAAAGUUAGAAGUAAAUGCAAUAAAACUUAAUGGAGAACAGUUGAUUUUUGACAACUCUUGUUUCGUUUUAGUACAGGUGGGCAACGAAGUGGAAUUACCUGAAAAUUUUAAAGUUAUGUUCAGAACUUUUACGUUAUUUCAGCCGGAUGUGGAGACUAUUGUUGAAGGAUGGUUGAUAUCUGAAGGAAUCGGGGAUUGUAAAAUUUAUGCUAAAAAAAUUCAGCAAACAUUUGCCUUAUUAAGGGAUGUAAUUAAAGUGGAAAACCAGUUUACGUUUAACCUUAGAGAAGCUAAGAGGGUCUUAGAAAUAUUUAAGAAGCAAAAAAGGAUUAAUGAGAAAGAAAACAUUUUAACACUGAUUUGUGAAAGUUUUAGGCAAACUUAUGCUGCAGGUCUUUUUCAAGCGGAUUUAGAAAUGUUUGAAAACACUCUUGAAAGUUUGUUUGUUGGGUAUAAUAGGGCAAGUUCUUUGGAUAAACAUAAUGUAUUACCAACUUUAUUGGCUUGUAAUGUUAAUUUGUCAUUUCAAGAGAACUUUACUAAUAAAGUCUUAGAACUGUAUGAAUGCUUAAAGUCUAGUCGAGGCAUUAUACUUUUAGGUAAUGCAUUUACAGGCAAAACAACUGUUUUAAAAUUAUGCAAGACCUUAUUUAAAUCCAUACAGGAUGUUGACGUAGAUUGCCACGUUAUUAACCCGAAAUAUAUGACUUACAAUCAUUUAGUAGGCAAAUUGUCUCGGGAUAGAAACGUAACUUGGACAGAUGGUAUUUUGCUGAAAAUUUUCAGGGAAUCUCAAAAGUUUAAAGGCACUACUAACACUUGGGUGCUAUUUGACGGUUAUUUGGAUGAAAGUUGGACCAAGGAUUUAAUAUGCACGUUGGAGAGUGGAAACUUGAUUUUGGAAACUCUGGAAAUGUUGAUGCCUGAGACUAAAAUACCAUUGAUAUUUGAAUGCACCAGUUUGGAUAAUUCAAGCCCUGCAAUGGUAUCCAGAUGCUCAACCAUUUAUUUCUCAUCUGAAACAUUAAGCACUGAAUGCCUAAUCGAUGCAUGGCUAAAAUCAUGCAACUCUGACUGGUUUUCAGAGCACAAAGGCCAAAUCGAAGCAUUAUUCAAAUGGUUCAUUCCGGCAUGUUUUGAAACUUUAAAAAUAUUGACCCUAAUUUGCAACAUAGAUAAUAUCGUGCUGAUAAAGAAUAUUCUCAUUUAUUUCCAGCUUAUCUUGGAUGACGCGUGCUCUAAAGUUAAUAAGAAAGAAGAAGAUCCUAAGAAUAUUUCUUCUUGGAUUCACGCCACAUUUGUGCUUGCAGGGCUUUUUGGGUUUUCCAGUGUAUUAUCCAACUCAGCACGCCUGAAAUUUGAUACUUUUUAUAAACAACUGUGGAGGGGUCAGCAUGAGAAUUAUCCUUAUCCAUGCAGCCUGGAAAGACUUGAAGUAGGAAUUCCGUCUGAAGGAUUGUUAUUUGAUUAUUGUUACUUAUACAAGCAGAGGGGAACCUGGAAGCAGUGGAGUGACCUGCUUAAAAAUGAAAAAAUCAUUAGCACUGAGUAUCUGACCACUAAUAUUGUUCCUAGUGUGGACACCAUGAGGUGUAAUUAUCUUUUGGACUUACACAUUAAAUAUAACAAGCAUUUUUUAGUAAUUGGUCCCAAGAGUACUGGCAAAUCAAUGGCAUUAAAAGAUUGCUAUAUUAACAGACUACCUGAGACCAAGUUUGAAAAAACUCUGUUAACAUUUAGUAAGAGCCUUACAGCAGAAAACUUGCAAAAGUUGAUCCUUUCUAAGCUAAGCAAAAAGAAAUCUGGCCACUACUCUUCCACUUCCAGCAAUCGAUUUAUAUGCUUUAUUGACGACCUGCAGUAUACUUUAAAAGAUGAAUAUGAAAUUUCUAGUGUCCUGGAGCUUUUAAGGCAACAUCUAGACCACCACAUGUGGCACGACCUAAAGAGUUUAGACAAAAUAGUUUUAGAAAAUCUUACUUUUGUCGCUGCGGCAACAACGUCUAAACUAGACAAACUUUCAGUAAGAUGCAUAAGGCAUUUUAACUCCUUUGGCAUGGGCGAAUUUAGCAGCGACAUAAUUUCUAAAUUAUAUUCGCAAAACUUAAUGCAGACAUGGAAAAAGUCUGGAUUUCCUAGCGAUAUGUUAACGAUAGUGACCCAAAUGGUAAACGCCACUUUAAAGAUAUACAAUCAUAUCGUACACAAUAUGAAAGCCACACUAGAUAAAUGCCAUUAUAUAUUCGACUUGAGCAGUUUUUCCAGAGUGAUUUACGGUUGCACGUUUCUCAAAAAGGAAACUUACGAUAUCAAUAAGAAAAUUCAUAUUAAGAUGUGGGUGCAUGAAGUAUUCAGGGUCUUUGGAGAUAGGUUUUCCAGAGUUGACAUCAAAAGUCUUGUGUCUUGUGUCAAAGAGGCUUUAAAGGAAUAUUUUUCCGAAGAGCUGAAUGACAUUUUCGCAAACUUUGAAGAAGAGUUCCCUUUUUCAAAAAUAUUCUUCGGGACGUUCCAGGAUAAGGAUUUAAGCACCUUUGCCAGGCAUUAUCAGGAAGUCAACUUCCAACAAUUGAAAGAGCUGUGCAUACAGGGAUUGCAAGAGUAUAAUAGCAAGUCUGAGCAGAAGCUCGAUUUAUUGUUCUUUGAUUAUGCUUUAGAGAAACUUGCUAGGAUAUGCAGGCUGCUAUCGAUGCCAAAUGAAAACGCUUUAUUUCUCGGAGUCACUGGUUGCGGCAGAGAAUCUUUGACUAAAUUAGCAAGUUUUUUGUACAAGCAUAAAGUGUAUCAGCCAAUAAUAACAAGCAGCUAUGACGAGCAGACUUGGUGCAAAGAUUUUAAGCUGGUUUUAAAACAAUGCGGUGGCUUGAAUAACAAAUGUGUCCUAUUGGUAGCAGAAGAACAGAUAAUCGAUGAAAGUUUCUUUAAUAUUAUCGACUAUUACAUUAGAGAGGGAGAAAUUAUCGAUUUAUAUGACAUAGAUGAAAAACAAGACAUUCUGGAAUUAUCUAGACUUGCGGCACAAGGUGGCAACCGAAACCUGGACAUUAGCUCCCAUAAAGUGUUUUUGUAUUUCAACAAAAAAUGUCGAGAAAACUUCCACUUGUUCUUAUCACUUAACUCGAACGCGAACAACUUAAGGCGAAGGAUUUUACAACAUCCGUCUUUGGCCACCAGACUGGCCAUAAUCCUAUGGAAAGACUGGCAAGAUUCCACCCUGCGGUGCGUCUCCAGAGAAUUAAUUCACGAUGUAAACCUGACCGCUGACGUUAAAGAAGAAACCAUUGCGGCGGCCAUAUUCUUUCACCGCACCUGCCAACUAAAAGGAGCGGAAAAUAUGUUCGUUACCCCAAAAAGCUUCAUACACCUAAACAAGAUUUUUAUUAAACUCAUAACAAAGAAACAACAGCAACUCUUAUUAAAAAUAUCCAAAUUCCAAAAAGGAUUAGCUAAGUUAUCCUUUGCUGCCACCCAGAUUUUCAACAUGCAAGACGCCUUGGCUGAAUACCAACCUCAACUGGAAGAAAUGACUAAAAACGCCAUAGAAAUGACCGAACAGAUUGCUUUGGAAACCGCUGAAGUUGAAAAAGCUUCGGCACUUGUGCGUAAAGAUGAAAAAAUUGCCGGCGGACAAGCUGCCGUGGCUCAAAUAUUAAAAUCCGAGUGUGAGUCCGAGUUGGCUCAAGCCAUUCCCAUUCUAGAGGAUGCCAUAUCGGCUCUAAACACCUUAAAACCUUCAGAUAUAACUCUGGUAAAAUCAAUGAAAAAUCCUCCGGAUGCCAUCAAACUCGUGAUGGCCUCCGUAUGUGUUAUAAAAGAUGUCAAACCGGACAAAAUUCCCGAUCCCAGUACCGGUCGUAAAAGUUACGACUACUGGGGACCCUCUAAAAGAAUAUUAGGAGACAUGAACUUUUUACAAUCGCUUAAAGAUUUUGACAAGGAUCACAUUCGACCUGAGAUAAUGGUGAAGAUUAGAAAAGAAUAUUUACCACAUAAGGACUUUAAGCCGCACGUGGUGGCGAAAGCUUCCAGCGCAGCAGAAGGUUUGUGCAAGUGGAUUAUUGCGAUGGACAUGUAUGAUCGGGUGGCAAAAGAAGUGGCGCCUAAAAAAGAAAAAUUAAAUAAAGCUGAACGUGAAUAUGCCCAAACCAUGUCCGUUUUAAAUGAGAAAAAGGAGGAAGUGGUGCGCAUUGAGGAGAAGCUUGCGCAGUUGCACAUCCUCUUAAACGAAGCUACCCAAAAGCAAGUGAAACUGCAGGUUGAAGUGGAUUUAUGCAACAGAAAACUCCAUAGUGCCCAAAAGCUUAUUGGGGGAUUAAGUGGGGAGAGACAAAGAUGGACAGAAGCUUCAGAAAACCUUCAAGAGCAUUAUAAUGUGUUGGCAGGGGAUAUACUCUUGUCCAGUGCGAUCAUUGCAUACUUACCUCCCUUAAGGAAAGAAGAGAGAAAUAAAAUUGUCAAACUAUGGAUGGAGUAUAUUGCAGAUCACAGCAUUCCAUCCACCAAGGAUUUUGAUUUCACUUCAGUUCUAUCACGGGAUGUGGAAACUGAACUUUGGCUGGAGCAAGGCCUCCCGAAUGACCCAUUUUUUAUUGAAAAUGCUAUAAUGCAUCAAAACUCUACAUAUUUCUCUUUAUUUCUUGACCCACACGAGCAGGCUUUCCAAUGGAUUGUUAAUGUAGAAGGAGAACAAAACCUCUUGGUCAUCAAGUUCACUUAUAAAAAUUGGUUAGAGGAUUUAAAAUAUUGUAUAACCAAUGGCAAACCGAUUUUAAUCAAAGAUAUCAAAGGCGAAAUGCCUUCUUGCUUAAACAUGCUAAUCUAUCGUCAAAGUAUCACAAAAGACGGUGUCACUUAUCUAUCUCUAGACGAGGAAAUGAUAAAAAUGCAUCCAAAUACAAAAGUAUACGUAAUAUGUUGCCAACCAGAGCUUAGGUACAGUUGGGAGCUAAGAAGCAGAGUAACAGUAAUAAAUUUCUCACUCACUUCCAAAGCCUUAAAAGAAGACGUGUUAAAAACGAUUGUGGAAAUUGAAAACCCCCAAAUCAGAAAACUGACCAGACAACUUAUAAAAUGGAAUAAGGAAACCAAAGGAGAGCUAAAACAUCUGGAAAUGAAAAUUUUAAACACGCUGUGCGAAAGUGACGCUGAUAUUUUAGAAGACGAGCAGAGUAUAUUGAUUUUAGACCAGUCAAGGGAACUUACGUUGGUCGCAAGGGAAAAACAAGAAACCACCAAUAUAAUGAGUAAAAAUAUUCAGGAAUUAAAGGAAAAAUACGAUAGAGUAGCCGAGCAUGUUGCUUCACUAUUUUUCUGCGUGGACGACUUGCGUAAACUAAACAACGUUUAUCAGUUUUCCCUUAAAUGGUUUAAAGAUAUUUAUUUUGCAUCCAUUUUAAACGCAGGAAAGUCUCGCGAUUUUAAUGUGCGUUGUCAAAAUUUGUGUAAUACAUUCACCGCUGACUUGCAUAAAAGCGUUAGUAAGGGACUGUAUGAGAAGCAUAAGUUAUUAUUUGCUUUUUGGCUAUCUAUAGGAAUUGCUGUUACUAGAGGGGACAUGAAAAGAGAGGAAAUUGAGUUCUUUUUUAAAUUGGGAGAAUUAUAUGAGACAAGUUCCCUUGCCAGCAAACCUGAAUGGAUUUCAAAGAAAACUUGGCGUGAUUUGCAGCAGCUGGAGCAGUUCAGUCCAUUUAAAGGCAUCACGGAUUCUAUCGCGGAGCACCAAACUGUUUGGAAGGAUUUUUCAGGAUCGCAGACGACCGAACUACCAUCCUUAUGGGACGUCCCCCACUUCCAGAAAUUGAUGUUAAUCAAAGUUUUAAAGCCAGACAAGUUACACUCCGAAAUCCUUAAUUACAUCAAGUUGUUUUUGGGAGAUAAAAUGUCAGCCCCGUCUAUCCUUGACAUGCAAGAAAUCUACAACGAAUCAUACAGUUUAUUUCCGGUGAUCUUUAUCGUAACACCUGGCGUAGAUAUUUUAAAGGUAUUGCACGAUUUCGCCAGUGUUAAGCAAGUUUUGCAUAAAUUUCACCAUUUAAGCUUGAAUCAGGAUAAUUUGGCUUUGGGCGAGGAGAUUAUCAAUAAAGGGCAAAAAGAAGGGUUUUGGGUGUUGCUGCAGAACUGCCAAUACACUGAGAAAUGGUUGUAUCGGUUGGAGCAACACUUGGAAGGGAUGAAUUUCGAAAAUACUAACGAAAAUUUUAGGCUGUUUUUAACAUCUAGUGAGAAUCACGAGUUUCCUUUGGAACUUAUGCAGAAUUCCAUUAAAAUCAUUGAUCAGCCAUCAAAUAAUAUUAAGAAGAAUUUGUUGAGGGCUUACAAUAUGCCACCGAUUAAUUUGGAUGAUUAUUUUUACGGGUGUCCCGGUCAGCAAGUUUCUUUUUCAAAACUCGUGUAUAGUCUGUGCUUCUUCCACUUUUUCUUACAAAAGAGACAAAGCAUUAUCAAUUGGAACAUUACAUACAGAUAUCAAGAGCGAGAUUUACUAAUAUCACUUGAACUCUUACGUGUGUUUGUUAACGAGCAAUCAUGUUUAUAUGAGAAGAUAUUUUACCUUAUAGGGGAGUGUAAUUAUAGUGGAAAAUUGAUAAAUACAUGGGAAAAGCAGUUUGUUAUGGAAGUUCUUAGAUCUUGCAUCAAUGAGCGAAUGUUUGAAAAACAUUCAAGGCUUUUCAAUGGUAUUAAACAGUAUUUUUUUCCUAGAAAAAAUGAUCGAUGGGAUUAUUUGCAGCAUUUUAAUAAUUUGGCUGAACAAGAGGUACCUGAAGUACUGUAUUUAACAGAGCAUCAGCUUAUCAUGCAUGAUGCUCUAAAAAUAAGCAGUUUUCUUGAUUAUGGACAGACUAUCCUUAAUAAGCAUGUUAUAUCUAGAAACGAGUUUAGAUUACUGGUUAUUAUAGAUGAUUUGCUAGCGAUUUUACCGGAAAAUAUUGCAUUCCGGGGUGCUGUCCUCGACCAGUUUAUUACAAGAGAGAUAUUUUUGUAUAACAAUCUCAUAAAAACUAUAAAAGGUUCUUUAAGGGAUUUAAAAUCAGCCUUUGGAGGAGAAAACAUGUUAACUGAACAGCUGGAAGAGUUGGCUGCCAGUUUAUUUCGAAACGAAGUUCCCAAAGCCUGGCUGAAGUUAAGUUUUCCCACCAUAUUAAACUUGUCCAGCUUCACAGCAAACAUUGCAAAAAAUUUACCAAUUUUGCAAAAUUAUCAGGUUUCCCAAAUAAAAUUAUAUCCAGGGGUUUUCUUUUUUCCACAAACAGUAAUUGCUAACUUAAAAUUGGCUUAUGCUAAACAGUACAAGUUCCCUAUUGAGGAAAUCUUUUUAAACUCUGAAACUUUUACUAAUGAAGACGUUGAACCUGAAGAAUAUUGCAUCAUACUUAAUGGUUUACAUUUAUUUGGAGCUUCAUAUGAGCUCAUGCAAAACUGUAUUGUUGAAUUGCUUCCAAAAAUGUAUUAUAGCAGUCUACCACCCAUUAAACUUCAACCAUUUGUAUCAAAGGAAAAGAUUCGCUUAUCUAGAGACAUGUAUAAGUGUUGCAUUUUUAAAACUCAGGCGACUGUGGUAAAAUACAAUUUUUUACCCACUGCACAGAACUUUAUAACUAAAAUAAAUUUGAAAUGUUCAAGUGAUUAUUCUUUUUGGCUUAAAAGAGGAGUAUUUAUUGUUUGUGAAUUAUGUUCAUAGAGUAAGAAGUUAAAGUCAAGUCUUCUACUUGAAAUGUCUGGAACAAAAGGAAAUAUAACUUUCGGUGUCUAGGGGUUUAAACACAAAUUUGAGUUCCAGUGAUCACAGAUCGGCAAAUAUAAAUCUAAUAAAAUUUUAUUGGAAACUAAAAGUUUGCAGUCAACAUUUUAAAGAUUGUUAAUAAAUCAGAAAGUGCCAAUAAUAAAAGUUCUUUGACAAAAGUCAUGUUUAUUUUUUGAUUACAUACAUUUAAAUUCUUAUAGUAACUGACGAUACAAAAAAAGGUGGUUAAUUUGUCAUAACUAUUAGAAUAGAUUUUUUUUAACAAUUUAUAUUCAAUGAGAAUAAAUACUUUGAAGAUGUCUUACUAGUUUUAUUAC